AUGUCUUCUCCGUACGAUGCGGAGCUGGAGUCAUACUUUGACACGGCGUACGAGCACUACUGCAAGGCCACCGCCAGCAGCAAGCGCCGCAAGGCCCGCGCUCGCCUCGUGGCGCUGGAGGGCCAGGGGGAGGAGGGCGAGGAGGACGCCGGGGCGCAGGGGGGGGAAGGGGGGGAGGAGGAGGCGGCGUUGGUGCACAUUGGAGAGGAGGGCGAGGAGGAGGAGAACCCGCUGGUGGUGCGCCUGGGUGAGAGCAGUGCGAGUGAGCGCGUGCAGGCGCAGUGGUUCACCCAGGACCUCUUUGAGGGGCUCGACCUGGUGGGCGGGGCAGAGGAGGAGCCGCAGGAGGGGGCGAAGGGGAGCAGUGCAGGCGGUGGGGUGCAGAAGAUGGGUGCAGUGGCGCACAAGGCUGGGAGGAUAGGAGGUGACGGGGCAGUGAAAGGAGGGGUGGAGGAGAAGCAGCGAGGAGAGAAGAAGGUGAGGAAGGGUAGUGAAAGGGUGGUGGUGAGGGAUGAGGAGGAAGAGGAGGGAGAAGUAGAGGAAGAGGAAGGGGAGGUGGCAGACGUUGAUGAUGGGGGAGUAACGGGCAUGGCAGGUGAUGGGAAGGGUGGAGAGGCAGCAAGGAAGAGCAAAGCUGGCAAGGUGAAAGCUGCACUAACUGAGACGGGUGUGCCUCGUGGCGCGACUGGAGGAGGCGAGGAAGAUGGCGAGAAAGGCAUGGGCAAGAGGCCACGGGCGGGGAAGCAGGAGGAGGAGGAGGCGGGGUUUGAGGUGGUGCCGGAGGAGAGGCUGAGUGGCAGCGAGGGGGACAGCUCCGAUGACAGCUCUGACAGCGACAGUGACAGCCGUGGGGGGCCACAUGGCGGGCACAGGGGGCCCAGGCACGCACGCACGGGGGGUGGGGGCGCUGCAGGGGGGCAUGGAGGGGGGGCGAUGGGGGAGGAGGAGGAGGAGUGGGACAGCGACUGCAAGGCAGAGACUCUGGCGUAUGCGAGGAGGAUGCUGAGGAAGCGCGAGCGCGACGAGGUGGUGGACGAUGCGUACAACCGGUACAUGUUUGACGACGACGCCAAGGCGCUGCCCAAGUGGUUUGCGGAUGAUGAGCGGCGACACAUGGUGCCGUUGAAGCCCAUCAGCAAGGACGAGGUGCUCGAGCUCAAGGCCCAGUUCCGCGCCAUCAACGCCCGCCCCACCAAGAAGGUGAGCAGCCCGUGA